AUGCUCCUCCUCUCCCUCCUCGCUCUGGCCACGGCCACGACCAGCCCCCUGCCACGCUCGUCCUCCAUUGCCUACGUCGACGUCGCCGUCACCACGCUAUGGACUGACCCCAGCAUGCCGCGUCCCGUCGACGCCCCUGCCAUCUCCAACCCCGUCCAUGUUGAGCAGUGGCUGCACGCGGCCAUCAGCGUCACGUUGGUCAUUUCCCUUUUCCUUUCUCCCCAUGCUUGA